AUGCGUCUGCAAGCUCGCUGCACAGUCACCGAAAUGGUAAUACUGUUAACAGGGAGUAAAAUAACUACACGGCAAACCAAAAGGAGAAUUAUGCAUCAUCUUGGGAAUUUCUCAAUAAGACGUGUUGUGCGCGUGGGGCCGACGCGGGCGCCGCCCCGCGGCGAACCGGUGGCGCCUCUAUCGAUUAUUCGGACCUCUCUCUCGCUUGUAGCGCGGCGUCCCGCUCGCGGUCGCGCGGGUGGCGCCCGCCACGUCAUUACGGGCCACCUCGGCCUCGGAGCCUCGACCGGCCUGUAUCAUUAA